GAUCUUUUGUGAAGGCCGAGAGUUAAUCACUUGAGCGGCACACGCCGGUUCUAUGGGAGCACAUGUUGGACACUGGCUCCCCUGGGGAGGGAGGGGAGGCCCCAAAGUACACACAUACAUACACACACACACACACACACAGCUGAAUUUCCAUGUCAGUUCUAAUGCAAAGCUGGGUACAGGCCAAGCAGAAAAGCAGGAAGACCCACCCCCUCCACAGAACAGUUAGCAGACCCCUCUGGCUGUGGUGAUAGUGGGAGCUUUGCAUUUGCUGCUGGUUCAUUCAAGGCCGCACACUCACUCACUCUCACACACACAGGGAUGUACACACACACACACACGCGCGCGCCUGACUGUACAGUUUCUCCAUGACUGGAUGGAUGACUGUGUAGGGGCCUUGCUAGAGAUGGAUGCUUAGUUUGACUUGGCAAUGAAGCCACUGAUUGUUCUUCCCUGAUGUCAUGAGUUGGGUGUCCUCCUCACUUCUGUGUAACCUCACCACCUGGACCAUUUUAGCCCCACCCUCUGCUCACCUAUGCCUGCAGGAUCAUGGGUAGUGUCAGCAGCCUAAUCAACGGCAACAGCCUCAACACCAAACACUGCAAGGCCUCCGAGUAUCGAGUAAGAAAGGGAACGAACCAGCACAGAAGGAGCAGAGGCUGCAGCCUUGACGGGCUACUGAACUGUGGCUUCACUCCGGGCUCCUCGUCUUCAUCGCAUCCCUCCAAAGGUCUCGCACACUCCCGCUCUGGACGAAGUGAAGAUUUCUUUUACAUCAAGGUGAACCAUAAACCGAGGUCAGUGCAUCACAAAGUGGGAUCAAUGGAGGACCGAAGGAACAGAGAUGGAGAAUCAAAGGCGCGACUGCAACCGAAGCUGCCGCUCAUGUCGGGGAAAAAGACUGAGAUGACCAAUCCUGAGAAGUCCCUGGUCCAUUCCACUGCCUUCAAGCCUGUUCCUCUCCGGAGUACGUCUUCCACAGAGAUGGGCCACAGCAGCCUGGAUCACAUCCUUUGUCCUCUAGAGAAAGCAAGGAGUAGACACAAGCAGGACACCUUUUCAGGCACACUCUCAGACUCUGGACGUAACUCUAUGUCCAGCCUGCCCACCCACAGCAACAGCGGCAGCCUAAGUGCCUCCACAGGCCCUGUCAGUCAGAGUGAUGGCAGCUCUGCUCCCACAAACAGCCUCAGCAAGGAACUACAACCCAGUUUGCCUUCAUGGGUCAAGGGAAGUGGCGCUGACCUUGACUGCAGCUACAGGACUGUGUUAAACACGGCCGCUUUGGCAGCUAAGGUUAACGCCGGCUCCCCGCCUUCCGCACAUGAGCCGGGUCCUCUCUGUGAAACAGCAGGGGGGAUUCGGUCCCCCAUUACUACAGAUGAGUCACUGAUUGAACGUCUGGAACAAAGGCUGCUGGAACGAGAGAGUGAACUGCAGGAGCUACAGGUGAGUUUUGAGGAGAAGGAAGUCGACACCUGCCAGCUGUUUGAAGAGAGACAAAAGUACUGUAGUGAGGAGAUGGAGGGGCUGAAGCAGCGAUGCUCCACAAAGCUGCGACAGGUUUCUCACAUGGCUGCAAAAACCCAGCAGGCCCUUCAGCUGCAGGUCAGCCAGCUCCAGGCAGAAAAGGAGAGGCUUCAGGACAACGUCUCAAAGUUGACCCGAGAGAGGGACCACAUCAACCUCAAACUGAGGUCUUAUGAGAACGAGAGCACACAUUUGGCUCCGACACUCGAGGAAACGCAGUGGGAGGUGUGCCAGAAGACGGGUGAGAUCUCCCUGUUGAAGCAGCAGCUGAGAGACAGCCAAGCGGACGUCAACCACAAGCUGAAUGAGAUCGUCAGCCUCAGGGUGUCACUGAAGGAGAACGCAGCAAAGAUGGAGAUCCUGGAGAGACAGAACAAGGACUGUGAAGACAAACUGCGCUCACGCACUGUAGAGGCUGAGGUUUGCCAAAAUGAGCUCCAGCGCAAGAAGAAUGAGGCUGAUUUCCUGAGGGAGAAAGUGGGCAAACUCGAGAAAGACAUUCAAGAAAUGAAACAAGAUCUGGCGAAGGCCAAAGAGGAGAGGUUGCAACACACCGGCGCCCAGAGUCAGGCCUCAGAAAGACUAAUCCAAGGUUCAGAUUCCCCAGUGCAGCGUCAGGGCGAGGAGAACAGGGAAGACAUCUCCACAGAGUCGCUCCACAGAGAAGUGGAGCGACUGAAGCGGCAGCUCAGGGAGGAGAAGGACACUCAGGAGAAGCAGGCCAGCAGCUUCGAGCAGGAGAGGAAGACGUGGAACAAGGAGAAGGACAAGGUCAUCAAGUACCAGAAGCAGCUCCAGGUCAACUACCUGCAAAUGCACAAGAAGAACCAGGACCUGGAGAGGAUCCUGAAGGAGCUGACGUCCGAGCUGGAGAGCCGCACGGAGCUGGGCAUGGACCUCGCUUACAGCUCAGGGUUACAGACGUACGACGACGUCAUCGCCACAGAGAUUUGACGGGAGCACUUAUACUGUCACGCGUUACUGUCACAUGGUCACAUGGCUGCUGUUUUACCACAGAUAUUCACUGUAUGUGUCUCACUGUCACGAGCUAAUAGACUUUUACCUUGGUACUUGGUUAUUUAACAGGAUAUACAUCAUUAGUGGGUUGUUGUUUUAUGGAGUCCAUGGCACAAAAAGAGUAAAAUUAUUCUUGAUAUGAUAUGUUAUUACCCUGUUGCUACUGGUUUAAAAGUAAAUGCUAAUUUAUUUAAUGUUUAAA